AUGGCGGGCCGCGUGGCGAUGGCGAUCUUACUGGUAGCGAGCGGGGCAACAGCCGCCGCUGCCGCCGGCGGUGCGGAGAGACGAGCGGAGGUGGUGAACACCCAGGUCCAGCGCAAGAUCGACGUGUCUACGCAGUUCGCCAAGGUGGUUACAACCUACACGGUCAAGGGAACCAGCGGUAGCUACAAGUUCGCCCUCCCGGCCGAUGCACAAGAUCACUUGGCCUUCAUGAGCGUCACCAUGGACAAGGCGGAGCUGGAGUUUGAGCUUGAUGCGCCGUCUCCCGGUAGAGAUAGCGCGGGGGAGGGGCUGAUGCUUUACUCCGCGGCGGUCGAGCUACCCCAGAACAAGGAAGAAGUGAAGAUAGCGGUGGGUGCCGUUGUCCGGGUGAAGGCGGUAUAUACCGAUGUCCUGACGGCCUUCCCGAAGGAGAUAACGCAGCUGGAGGAGCAGAGCGUGGUGUUUGCGUCCACCCUCUUGGCGCCUUCGCCGUACAAGACGGUCAAGCAGACCACCACUCUCAAGCUCGCCUCCCCCAAGAUUCUGAGCAUGACAGAGGCGCCGAACAAGAGGUCAGUCAAGUCGGACCAGGUGACGUACGGCCCCUUCGAGGACGUGCCGCCGUUUGCCAACGGGGGCGAGCUGCGAAUCCACUACGUGAACCACGCAGCUUUCGCCAAGGCGACCUCCUGCCUGCGCGAGAUCGAGGUUUCCAACUGGGGUAACAUCGCCGUGGAAGAACACUACGACUUGGUGCACGCUGGUGCGAAGAUGAAGGGCGGUUUCUCUCGCAUGGACUACAUGGCUAAGAAGCACGCGGAGUUGCCGAACCCUUCCUUCCGGAAGCUUGAUGCCUACCUACCCGCGGGUGCAAGCGACAUCUACUACCGGGAUAACAUCGGCAACAUCUCGACGUCUACGGUACGGCACAACCUUGGGGGCGUGGAACUAUCCCUGUUGUCACGGUUUCCCAUGUACGGAGGGUGGAAGAACGCCUGGUAUCAGGGAUACAACCUCCCCACCGAGGUGAGAGAAUAG